AUGGAUCAUGUCAAUCACACGGGGACCCAGAGUUUCAUCCUUGCGGGUUUCACUACCUCUGGAACCCUGCGACCUCUUGCUUUCUUGGGGACACUGUGCGUCUAUCUCCUCACCCUGGCAGGCAACUUGUUCAUCAUUGUCCUGGUGCGGGCAGAUUCGGGACUGUCCACGCCCAUGUACUUCUUCAUCAGUGUCCUCUCCUUCCUGGAACUCUGGUACGUCAGCACCACCGUGCCCACGCUUCUGCACACCUUGCUCCAUGGGCACUUGCCCAUCUCAUCGGCCGUGUGCUUUGUCCAGCUCUAUGUCUUCCAUUCCUUGGGCAUGACUGAGUGCUACCUGUUGGGUGUCAUGGCGCUGGACCGCUACCUUGCCAUCUGUCGCCCACUCCACUACCAUGCGCUCAUGAGCAGGCAGGUACGGUUACGGCUGGCAGGGGCCACUUGGGUGGCUGGCUUCUCAGCUGCACUUGUGCCACCCAGCCUCAUAGCCACUCUGCCCUUCUGUUUGACAGAGGUGGCUCAUUACUUUUGUGACCUGGCACCACUAAUGAGAUUGGUGUGUGUGGACACAAGCUGGCAUCAUCAGGUCCAUGGGGCAGUGAUUGGUGUGGCCACUGGGUGCAACUUUGUGCUCAUUUUAGGACUGUAUGGGGGCAUCCUGAGAGCUGUGCUGAAGCUGCCCUCAGCUGCCAGCCGUGCCAAGGCCUUCUCCACCUGCUCCUCCCACGUGACUGUGGUGGCACUGUUUUAUGCGUCUGCCUUCACAGUUUAUGUGGGCUUCCCUGGGAGUCGCCCUGAGGGCGCAGACAAGCAUGUUGCCUUAGUGUAUGCCCUUCUCACUCCUUUCCUCAACCCCAUCAUCUAUGCCCUUCGCAACAAGGAGGUGAAGGAGGCCAUAAAGAGGAUCAGUGUCAGGAUCAGGACUAUUCUGAGGGAACCCUGA